CCCUCAUUUACAGACACUCUUGCAAGCUCUCAAUACAACAUCUCAGAGAACCCAGUCCAGCAAUCUUACCAUCAACUACAAUGACCAGACUCACCACCAAGGCCAUCUCGGCCCUCAGGACCACCAUGGUCCCCAAUUCAACCUCCCGCCUUUCCCCCAGACUCACCACUGCACUCUUCCAACACCAACCCCGAGCCAUCACCCAACCCAUUACCACCCCUUUCAGCCACACCCGCUCCCUCCACCAAACCCCUUCCCGUCCCCUCCCUGCCUCCGAACCCUUCAAGCUCGACCGCACCAAACGCCUCCCCGAGUUCUUCUCCCUCCAGGACAAAGUCAUCCUCAUCUCCGGCGGCGGGCGGGGCGUCGGUCUCACUCAAGCCGAGGCCGUCCUCGAAGCCGGCGCGCGUGUGCACGUCGUCGACAUUCUGCCCGACCCUUCCACCGAUCCCGACUCUCCCUUUUCCGCCGUUGCUAAGCGCGCCACCGAGGAAUUGGGGUCUAGCAUCACUUAUCACCGUGUGGACGUGCGUAAUCAGCAGGCGCUGAAUGAAGUUGUGCAGGGGAUUGCCAAGAAGGAGGGCAGGAUGGAUGGGUUGAUUGCUGCGGCGGGGAUCCAGCAGGAGACGAGCGCGUUGGAAUAUAGCAAGGAGGAUGCGGACAAGAUGAUGAGCGUGAAUGUCACGGGGGUGUUUAUGACGGCGCAGGCGGUGGCGAGGGUCAUGGUGGAAAAUGGGUGGCCGGGGAGUAUGGUGCUGAUUGGGAGCAUGAGUGGGACGGUGGCUAAUCGGGGUUUGAUUUGCCCCGCCUACAACGCCUCCAAAGCCGCCGUCCUCCAGCUUGGCCGCAACCUCGCCUCGGAAUGGGGCGAGCAUGGCAUCCGCGUCAACACGCUUUCGCCGGGCUACAUCGUGACCGCCAUGACGGCCGGCCUCUUUGAAGCCUUUCCCGAGCGCAGGACCGCUUGGCCCGAUGCCAACAUGCUCAAGAGGCUGAGUUACCCGGAGGAGUACCGCGGCGCGGCAAUCUUCUUGCUCAGUGAUGCGAGCAGCUUCAUGACGGGCGCGGAUCUGAGGAUUGAUGGUGGGCAUUGUGCUUGGUAAGAGGGAAUGUGGGAUUGAUCUAUGUGUGAAAUGAUGGGCAUGUUAAGAGAAGUCGGAGUGAGGCUCGCCUAGCACGGGGAACAUGCAGGGGCAGAGGGAGUAUAUGAGACCAUUCUUCGCUUAAAUAAUGCGCGAC